UUGAACAUCAUCGCAAUUUCAAACCAAAACUAACUCCCUCUCUUCAGUCUUCACAAACAAACAUCAAUGGAGUCAGGAAAAGCAACGAAAGCCGCCGGAGGAAGAAAAGGCGCCGGCGAGAGGAAGAAGUCCGUCACAAAGUCCGUCAAAGCCGGUCUCCAGUUCCCCGUCGGAAGAAUCGCUAGGUUUCUUAAAAAAGGCAGAUACGCUCAACGUACCGGAUCCGGAGCUCCGAUCUACCUUGCUGCUGUUCUAGAAUACCUUGCCGCUGAGGUUUUGGAGUUGGCGGGAAACGCAGCGAGAGAUAACAAGAAGACAAGGAUAAACCCUAGACACUUGCUAUUGGCGGUGAGGAAUGAUGAAGAAUUGGGGAAAUUGCUUGCUGGUGUUACCAUUGCCAGUGGAGGUGUGUUGCCCAAUAUCAAUCCGGUUCUUUUGCCCAAGAAGUCUUCUUCUGCUGCUGAGGCUGAGAAGACCCCCAAAUCUAAAAAGUCGCCUAAAAAGGCUUAGAUACAUGUUUCUGGUUAUAGUUGGUUAGAUUAAGUUGAAGCAAAACAGUCUCUUUUGUUCAAUUAGUCGUUUGGCAAUGUAACUAUUUUGGUAGUCUUCAAAAUGUUAAUCGGAUAUUAUCUUCUUUAUUUA